UACCUGAAGAGAUGCCACUAUCUAUGUUUAAGACCAAAUUAGUGAAAAUAUUAUCUAAUACCCUCGGAGGUAUAUCAAAAUUCGGGAUUGAGCAUAUUAGCGCUUUUCCACUUCGAGGAUAUCAUACAGAAAAGAAACCAUAUAUCCGUAUUAGCACUUGGAACCAUUUUGAUCGGUAUAAUGCAUUAAAAGCAGUCCGCGCUGUUAGUAUACAUACAGCUUCAGAUGAUCUAAAUUGCCAGUAUUAUUACCGCAAAGUAGCCCGUGAAAAAAGAUUACCUCUUUCAAGUUGGGCAACGUUAAGUAAUUAUUUCUACGAAUAUAUUCAAGGGGGUACUUAUCUCUUACAAAUUUCUGUGGAUAAUUAUAAUCCAACGAGUGAGGAUGAUUAUAAUAAUCCAUUAUUAUCCUCAGCACUUUCACGAGAUCGCACUCUUGUUCUCACAUGGGAUAUCGAAACAUAUAGCUCACGAAAAACAGGUGAGGUGCCUAAUGCAAAAUACGAAGAAGAUAUUGUAUUCAUGAUUUGUAUGACAGUUCAUUGGAAAGACGAUCCUGAACCGUUAAAGCAAAUCUGUCUUGUUGACGUUGAAAUUGCACCGGACCCACAGUUGAUUACGAUUAUAUGCGGGUCUCAA